AUGACCAUAAGCCCCCAAAGUAUGCAGAAAUCCGAGAGUCGUGAGAAGCAAAUGCCACCUUCUACUCCAGUGGAGAGGAAAGUUGAGAGAAUCGAGAAACAGAAUGCACAUAGUUCUCCAGGGAGGUUGGACGUGGUUAAGAGGAGUAAUUUGUCACGUUCUCUGGGUUCCAAGCAAUCUGGAGAAGGCCUUCGUCUGUCAAAUAUGAAGUGGAAGAAGAAGAAACAGAAACAGAAAAGUUUGAUACAGGUGACCAUGGAAUCGGGGGAAGCUGAACCUUACCCGGACUCUGUUGGUCUGAAGAGGAUGCAAAUGAAUGCUCACAGAUACAGGGAUAUAUAUAAGAAAAAACGGAUGGAUGUGUUAUCAGGUAAAUUGAAUCUCCAUUCACAGCUUGCUUCCUCUGCAAAGCAGGAAGUGCAAUCUGGAAAAGCUGAAUCUGGCCUGCGAUCUAUUGGUGUGAAGAGGAAGGAAACGGAUGCUCGAAGUUACAAGGCUAAAUUGAAUAAAAAACGGAUGGUGGACACUUUACCAGAUGUUGAUGAGGAAUUGGAAGGAUCAAAUAUACUUUCUCAGGUUGGCGGUGGCGAUGUCAGGGAAAUUGAUUCUGAACAGAGAGGAAAAAAAGAAGACUUGAGAUAUGAGUGCAGUGGAAGAAUGGUAGAGAAAAUAAGAGUCGAACAUGUCAAUAAGGCUAAUGGAGCGCCUGAGAGGUGCAUUUCUAGUCUGAGGGGUUCUGAUGUGGACGCACUUGAAAAUGAUAUCAGUGCAGAAUCUAUUCCUGGGCAUAGUGUUAUGGACAAGCCUCUUGAACCUCCAGAUGGCAAUGUUUUCGAAAAAUCUGGAAUUGCUUAUGCAGUCAGAGAAUCUGUCAAUGAUACUGGAACAGUUUUGACAAAUAUUUCUUCUACUGACAAUAUGGAGGUUCCAGAGUCAGCAAGUUUGACUCAAUUGGGAAGAUCACUAGGUGGUUUUAUGGAUGCAGUAAAUUGCGAGAAACAUAUUUAUCCGAAUGGCAUGAGAUCUACAAUGGACUCAGAGUUAGACCAUACCUCAAUGGAUGCUGGUAAAAAUGUUUGCUCGGCAGUUGUGGACAAUGCUCCUUCAUCAUUACACGAGCGUGAAAAUGACAAUCUUUUGGGGCUUCGUGUUGAAUGUGCUGAAAAGAGAAGAACUAUCUCCAUCGAUGUUGACAUGGAUGAGCCAGAGGAAAUAAUUGCAUCUUCCGAUGAGCAAAGGAGCCUUCAGCAGAAACAGGCACCAAAAGAUAAAGUUUCUGGUAGUGAAAUAAAAGAUAAUAAAAAGCGAAUCAAGGAAAAAUGUGAUAAAGGGAUUAAAAAACUUGUUCAACAACAAUGGGAGGAAAUUCAAGAGUUCCAUAGAAUUUGGGAGGAGAAAAGGGUACAACUGGAGAAUGGUUAUAAGUUGGAUUCAGCUUUCAUUCGAUGUAUAUAUGGUCAAGGUUCCAUGAGAAUCAACAAACUCAAGCUUUUGGACGAAGACAUUGCAAAGAAAAUUGAAGAACACAAGAUCCUGAAAGACAUGAACCUUAAAGUUCUGGAGGCAAAACAGUUAGCUGCUCUGAAGGAUGAGAGAGAAAAGGUGGCUUAUUUUUUGGCCAAAGCUAAGGCCUGUUGUAGUGAAAUUCAGUCAGUUGAUGACCCACAUUUGCUUGAAUCUCAAUCUGAGGACCCUGGACGCUCUCAGGCUAUUGCGAAAAUUACUGUUACUGGCCCUGAAAAUGUUCUCAGGUCUGAACAACAUAUAGAGGAGCAAAGUCAUAACAAAAUUGUUUGUGACCUGCAUGGGGAUGAUGUCAUGCCCUCUAAUACAUCUGUUACUGUAUCAGCUGAGGCAGUGGGAUGUACUGUUCCUACUGAAACUGUUAAUAAUUUGAUAAAUAUUAUACCUGAAAGAAGAAUGGGGAUAGUUCAUUGUGAGAGAACAUCUGUUGUUACAGCUGAGCCACCCAAGGAAUUGAAUCCUCAUGGAGAAAGAGUUUCUGAUAUAAUUCCAUUGAGUGAGCAGAGCAAAGAGGUCUUUACAGUGGUUCCUGAAGCCGUAUGUACUGAUAUUGUAGGGCAUGGUUGCUCAGUAGAAUCCCACAAUGCACAUCUUAGGGUGUAUGAUAAAGUAUAUAAAGUUGAUUUGCCUGAAAAUGUGAUGAACCAAAGCAAAGAAGCUGAUAAGCUGAUCAAUGGAGUCCGAUCAUUGUUACCUUUGGAGCAAGCUAUAGCUUCUACAGAUCACUGUGGUUUAAUAACCCAGAGUCAAGUAGCACAAGAUGAAUAUAACCAAUGCUCAGUGUCUGCCGAAUUGCAAGACCAAGAUGCACCAGUCACAAAAAAUCAAAGUACUACAGCAGUUGAAGAAACCAUUUUGGAAGCUGUUGAGGCGGCAACCUCUGUGCAGUCUAAUCUUGAGGUAAUUGAGAAUUGUGAGCGGCUACUGCCAGUUCCCGCUUAUAUUUCUCCUGGCUGCAAUCAUGUUCCAGCUAGUGAAGUUGAACAUCAACCCCAAGAUGAAGCAAGAAGCUCUUCCCAAAUUGCUGAGGCUUCUCUCCAUUUAACCAAGGAGCUAGAAGCACUUUCAUAUCAAGCUCCUUCUCAAAGUGGGGGAAGUUUGGAACUGCAUCCUCCAGUUUCUCAUGUCAAUUCAACUCUUGACGGGGAAAUUUUGGAACCUGCUGAGGCUGUAACCUCUGUACAGUCUAACCAUGAAGUAAUUGAGAAUUGUGAGCAGCUGCAUCAAGUUUCUGCUUACGUAUCUCCUGGCUGUGAUCAAUUUUCAGCUAGUGAAGUUGAACAUCAAACUCAGGAUGAAGCAAGAAGGUCUUCCCAAGUUGCUGAGUCUUCUUCUAUCCAUUUAAUUGGGAUAGAACAACUUACAAAUCAAGCUACUACUCAAAGUGGAGGAAAUUUGGAACUGCAUCCUCCAGUUGCUCCUGUCGAUUCAACACUUGACGUUGCAAUUUUGGAAUCUGUUGAUGCUGUAACCUCUAUACAGCCUAAUCAUGAAGUAAUUGGGAACCGUGAGCAGCUGCAGCAAGUUUCCUUUUAUGUAUCCCCUGGAUGUGAUCAAGUUUCAGCUAGUGAAGUUGAACAUCAAGGCCAGGAUGAAGAAAGAAGUUAUUCCCAAACUGCUGAGGCUUCUCCCCAUUUAGCUGAGGAACUAGAAGCACUUGCAUAUCAAGCUAAUUCUCAAUGUGGGGGAAAUUCAGAACUACAUCCUCCUGUUGCUAAUGUCGUUUCAACUCUUGACGGCAAUCACCUUGAUUUAGGAUCACCAAACAGAGUUGAAAAUGAACCAAGUUGUGAAUUGAACAACUCUGCUGUGAUUAAUGUGACUAUGUCUGAAGCAGUUACAAGUACACUUGGACUUCCAAAUCAAGCUGCUCUGCAACUGGGGGAACAUGUCACUCAUCUUCAUGGACCUAGCAACCUUCUAGUUUAUCCUUUUCAUCAUGUGGGCUCUUGGAAUCCUACUUCAUCUUUUCAUGCUAAACCACUUGAAGAUGAACUGCAUAGGUUACAGAAAGAGUGCGAACAAGUGAUAAAAGUCCAUGAAGAUAAUAAAUCACAACUGAAAUCUGAUUGUAAGAAGGAGAUCCAGGAAAUUAUCACUCAAAUAUGUGAUAAGUAUGCCAGAAAACUUCAGGAUGCUGAAGCCACGUAUUGUCUGAGGAAGAACGAACUUGAUAGCAAUUAUAACAAGGUUUUCAUGCAUAAAAUUCUGGCUGAGGCUUUCAAAUCUGAAUGCUUCAAUCUCAGGCCUUCUCAGCAUCCAGGAACGCAGGAAGCUAUGCAAUCUGGUUACAUGCAGAACUUGAAUCAUCCAUUUCGGCCUACUUCAGUGAGACCUUCCCCUGAGAUUUCAGCCUGCAGGCCUGCUUCUGGCCUCCAUACUACAGCUCCAAAUGUACAACCUGUGCAGUUGUGUGUGUCACAUUCUACUAGACCUUCAAAUGUUGCUGGUUCAUCUUCGUCCCAACCUGUGCAACCUCUGCAGCGUGGACCAGCUCUUUCCCAUAAUGUUCCCACCCGACCCCCCCAUAUUGGUACCCUGACACCUUCCACAGGCAAUGUCAGAGUCGGUAGGGAGAUCCAUGCUCAGGCUCCUCACCUUCAAGCGUUCCGACCUGCUGCAUCCAAAUAUGUUGCUAGUGUGGCAGCCUUUCCACCUAGUGUGCCAAGACAGCGGGCAUCAAUUCUCCGGCCUGUUGAUUCUUCGCCAUUUUCUCAACAUCCACCUCAACAAGCACCACCUGUCCAGUAUCAACCGUUGCUACGUUCACAUUCACAGACACCACAACCUGUAUUCACUAAUUCCGUUUCUCAUGGACUGCUGGCUCCUCCUAGUAUUUCUCAAUCCACACAGGAGAUGCGUAUGGACAUGGAUAAUCAGCCUCGUGUACAGGAUCUGCCUAGCAACGUUGUUUAUUUGUCCGAUGAUGACUGA